UACCGGCACACUUGUGAAAGACAUUCUCCUCACAAAACCUCAAAUAGUAACCUAUACCUUGGAACAUCAAAUCAUCUCUUUCACCAAUUUUGAUAUAAUUUGAUAUGAGCUUGCUGUCGUGUUCUAGUGAACAAUGAAGUGUGAACAAUAAUCGCAGUUGGCCAGUUGCUACGAUAGUGAUCGUUGACCAGUCACUGCGCACAUCAAGGAUUACGUAAGGUGCCAAACGCAAUCAGAUGUAACUUAUAUUGACACGAAAUAACAGCGAGCUCACUAAAUCAACAUGAAGGUGUUGCUAUCGGUUUUCCUCGCGAUUUUGGCCUGCGGUCAAAUCGCUAAUGGUAUACGAAUCCUUGGCGUAUUCCCACUACAUGGAAAAAGUCAUUGGAUCAUGCAAGAGGCACUGAUGAGAGAAUUGGCAGGACGCGGUCAUCAGGUGGAUGUAAUCACGCAUUUUCCGCUAAAGACACCGAUACCCAAUUAUAAGGAUAUCAGUCUGAAGGGCAGUCUUCCACAAGUUAUGAACAAUGUCAGCGCGACGGAAAUAAAAGGUUUCAGUAGCCCAUCUAUAGCCCAUUUAGUUAAUAUGGCUGGAAAUAGCGUUUGCAAUCUGUUGAGCCACCCAAAAUUACAACAGCUGAUUAAGAACCCGCCACAAGAUCCUCCUUAUGAUCUCGUCAUUACAGAGCUGUUCGCGUCACCAUGCUAUUUAGCCUUCGGCCGUUAUCUCAAAGUCCCGGUGGUCGCCACAGUAGCCAGCGUUUUUCACGAUUGGCUUAACGAGGUAUCUGGCAAUCCGUCGAGCCUUGCUUUCGUCCCAAGUUUCUUCUCGACGUAUAACCAACACAUGAGUUUCAAGGAACGAUUAAUAAAUUUCUUUUUAUCGAAUUAUCUGUCCACGCAAUUUCACUACUACACGAAUAAUCAAUUGAAAGUUGUAAAAGAGCAUUUCGGUAUGGAUUUGCCGCAUAUCAAGGAUUUAUAUAAUGAUGUAGCUGUAUAUCUGGUCAAUUCUCAUCAUACGUUAAACGGAAUCAGACCGACGACCACUAACGUGAUCGAGAUCGGUGGUAUGCAUCUCAAGGACGACGAUGAUCCGCUGUCACCGGAAAUACAAAAAUGGUUGGAUGAAAGCAAGGAUGGCUUUAUUUAUUUUACAUUCGGCUCCAUGGUGAGAAUUGAAACUUUUCCUAAAGAAAUGAUUGAACAAUUUUAUGCGGCUUUCGAGAAGAUUGCACCAGUUCGCAUACUGAUGAAAGUUGCGAAAAAAGAGGAUCUAUUGCCAGGAUUGCCAAAGAACGUCAUGACGCAUUCAUGGUUCCCGCAGAUCUCCGUUCUCAAACAUAAAAACAUACGAGCUUUCAUUACGCACGGCGGAAACUUUGGAACGCAAGAGGCAAUUUAUUGUGGAGUUCCUAUGAUUGGAAUCCCUCUGUUUGGUGAUCAACGCAUAAAUAUUAAAAAUUAUGCCAACAAGGAAGUAGCGGUUAUGGUUGAAUUAGAGGGUAUUACUGAGCAGAAAUUAACUUCGGCAAUGAAUAGCAUCCUAAAAGGUCCCUAUCGUGAAAAUAUACAAAAAUUAUCAAAGAAGUUCGUCGAUCGACCAGUGAGUGCCAUGAACAUGUCUGUAUAUUGGGUGGAGUACAUCGCGAAAUAUGGAAACGUGCUUCGAUCACCGGCACUUGAUCUCUAUUGGUGGCAACGAUGUCUAAUAGACGUUUACGCCCUUACAUUCGCUGUAAUUUUUACAGUGCUUUACGUCGCGCUGUUUAUUCUCCGAAAAGUAAAGAAGUUCUUGUGCGGAUCGCGCACUUGUACAAAGAAGGACAAUGCGUCAAUGAAGUCAAAGAAGAAUAAGUGAAGAUACUGUACAUAUGUACAUUUCUCACUAUUUUUGUAAAUUCAAUGUCUCUCCUUGACACAUGCGAAAAAAUAUUCUAGUACAAUUUAUUAAAAAUAACAUCGCCGUUUAAUGUUUCAUAUAGUUUCAUUUUAAUAAAAUAUGUUUAAUUAAU